UGUAUGGGUAUUUGUUGUACUUUUAAGUUUUGUGUUUGUCUUAGUUGUGAAUGAAUAUUUUAAUAUAUAUUUAUAAUUUUUCAACUCAACUCACGUAAAAUAUAAGUUAUAAGAAUAAGUUUUAUGAGCGUUGAGUCGUGACCUGCGUUCCUGCAUUAGUCAACCCGAAAAGUUUUUGUUAUAUUGACAGGUACGGGGAGUUUAAUGAACUGUUUUCUAUUCGUGUUUUAUAAAUGUUCAGGUGUCUUGUGAGGUAAUGAAACUGUAAGAAUGCUGAGUUUUGGCUCAAAUCUUCUGUUUCAAAGCUUGCAGUUCAAAUAUCCUAAAUUAUUAAUGAAGAAUUGAUGUUGGUUAAUAAAGUGUUCCUAAAAACUUCAUAUAAUUUUCAAGUUAUGAGGAAGAAAAAGUUUGUUGCAUAAUAAUUGGCAAACAAAGUCUGGACCUGGAGGAAAAAUAGUCUCAAGAUUUUUAGCUAUUUAAGAUUUUCAAGAUGGCUUCACCAGGUCCCUCAGGCAUGACUUGCAAGUCUCAAAGUACGCAUGGGCUGAAACAAAUUGAUCUAGAUCAGAUAUGGGGUGAUCUCAAAGAUGGUAUUGAACAGGUGUAUAUGAAUAGACACCAAGAUAUGUCAAAGUCCCGUUACAUGGAACUUUAUACACAUGUUUAUGAUUAUUGUACAAGCGUUCAUCAAUCUGGAUCUAGAUCAAAUUCAACAUCAUCGACAUCAUUAUCAUCAUCUUCUUCUUCUUCUUCUACGAAAUGCAAAAAGAAUCCGCAACUUGGAGGAGCUCAAUUUGUUGGACACGAAUUAUAUAAAAGAUUGAAAGAAUUUUUGAAGUGCUACCUCAUAAAUCUUUUGAAGGAUGGUAUAGAUCUAAUGGAUGAAGAUGUAUUGAGGUUUUACACUAGGCAGUGGGAAGAAUAUCAGUUUUCAAGUAAAGUUCUAAAUGGCAUUUGUUCAUAUUUAAAUCGCCAUUGGGUGAAACGAGAAUGUGAUGAAGGAAGGAAAGGAAUUUAUGAAAUUUAUCAGCUUGCUCUUGUCUCCUGGAGGGAUUUCCUAUUUCGCCCUUUGCAUAAGCAGGUAACCAGUGCUGUUUUAAAGCUUAUAGAGAAAGAACGAAAUGGAGAAACGAUUAAUACUAGACUUGUGAGUGGCGUAAUGAACUGCUAUGUUGAAUUAGGAUUAAAUGAAGAUGAUCCUUCUGCAAAGGGGCAAAAUCUUUCUGUAUACAAAGAGGCUUUUGAAAACACAUUCCUUAAUGACACAGAAAGAUUUUAUACUACAGAGAGCACAGAUUUCAUUCGUCAAAAUCCUGUUACAGAGUAUAUGAAAAAGGCUGAACAAAGACUUCAGGAAGAACAAAGACGUGUCCAGCUAUAUUUACAUGAAACUACUCUUGACAUAGUUGCUAAAACAUGUGAAAAAGUUCUAAUUCAAAAGCAUCUAGAAAUAUUUCAUUCAGAAUUUCAAAAUCUCCUUAAUGAUGAUAAAAAUGAAGAUUUAGGGAGAAUGUUUCAACUAGUUUCAAGAAUAUAUGAUGGUCUUGGUGAAUUAAGAACUCGUUUAGAAAGUCAUAUUCACAAUCAAGGUCUUUCAGCUAUAGAGAAAUGUGGUGAUGGGGCAUUAAAUGAUCCUAAAAUUUAUGUCAAUACUAUUCUGGAUGUGCAUCGGAAAUAUAAUGCCUUAGUUAUGACAGCUUUUAACAAUGAAGCAGGUUUUGUGGCUGCCUUGGAUAAAGCUUGUGGCAAAUUUAUUAAUAAUAAUGCAGUAACAAGAAUAGCAAAUUCCUCUAGUAAAUCACCUGAAUUGCUUGCAAAAUACUGUGAUCUGUUGCUAAAAAAAAGCUCAAAAAACCCGGAAGAAUCGGAACUGGAAGAUACUUUAAAUCAAGUGAUGAUAGUAUUCAAAUAUAUAGAAGACAAAGAUGUUUUUCAAAAGUUUUAUAGUAAAAUGUUAGCAAAAAGACUCGUUCAACACAUGUCGGCUAGUGAUGAUGCUGAAGCAAGUAUGAUAUCUAAAUUAAAACAAGCUUGUGGAUUUGAAUAUACAUCAAAAUUGCAAAGGAUGUUUCAAGACAUUGGUGUAAGCAAGGAUCUUAAUGAGCAGUUUAGAAAACAUCUAAUUAAUUCACAUGAACCUUUAGAUCUUGAUUUCAGUAUACAAGUUUUAAGUUCUGGAUCUUGGCCUUUUCAGCAGUCUUUUACUUUUGCUCUUCCUCAAGAGCUUGAAAGAAGUGUUCAGAGGUUUACGACAUUUUACAGCAGUCAGCACAGUGGAAGGAAGUUGCAUUGGCUAUAUAACAUGUCUAAAGGCGAAUUAGUAACGAAUUGUUUCAAAAACAGGUACUCUCUUCAGGCAUCAACAUUUCAAAUGGCUGUUUUGCUUCAGUAUAAUACUGGUGAUAAUUUUACAAUACUACAACUUCAAGAAAGUACUCAAAUAAAAAUGGAUUUACUAUUACAAGUUGUCCAGAUUCUAUUAAAAUCAAAACUUCUUACAUGUGAGGAUGAUGAAAGUGAUCUACAGCAUUCAUCUAUAAUUUAUCUAUUUUUUGGAUACAAAAAUAAAAAAUUGCGUGUUAAUAUUAAUGUACCAAUGAAGACUGAAAUGAAGAUAGAACAAGAAACUACUCACAAGCAUAUCGAAGAAGAUAGGAAGCUUCUAAUUCAGGCUGCUAUAGUUAGAAUAAUGAAAACGAGAAAGUUGUUGAAGCAUCAACAAUUGCUUGCUGAAGUUCUAAAUCAGCUGUCUCCAAGAUUUAAACCUAGAGUGCCUGUUGUUAAAAAAUGUAUAGAUAUUUUAAUAGAAAAAGAAUACUUGGAACGCACUGAAAAAGACACCUACAGCUAUCUAGCAUGACAGUAUCUUCCUAGUAACCAAGCUUUAAUUAAACUCAAGUUCUUCCUCAUUGUUGAUGAGAAUUUCUAUGAAACUAAGCACGAGGAUUGGGAGUUUGCCUUUUUCUGUCUUGUUACCUUAAAUUUUUUGUGACACAUUUUCCUCUCCUCCAUGUUACUGAAGUUAAGAAUACCACAGAUGGCAAAUCUGCAUUGUUCUGGAAAAGAAGGGAAUCCUGGAAUCUUGGGAGAAGAUUGAUUGAUGAUGCAAAUUCAUUUAAAUUAUCAAUUUUCUAACAGAAUCGCCUUUAUAUUUGUUUAGAGUACCUAUCAGUGCUGAGUUAACUCUGCAAAGUUUGAAGGAAAUUAGAAAAUAGCAGUUACGAAUUUCAUUUUUGGUUUUUUUUCUCUCCCCCCCCCUUUAUUCAAUGUUUUAAAAUUCAUUCAGAGAUUUCAAAACCUGCUUCUCUUUCAAUAUUUACCUCAGACAUUUUUUAAGCUUUAAAAUGCAUUUUGCUGGACUAUUAAAUACUUUGACGAAGGUGCCAAAAUUUUUAUCUUUUUCUUUAUAUCUUGUACCGAAGACAGCUUGGAAGCAUGUUUAUCUCUCUCUCUCUCUCUUUUUUUUUCAUGCUUAGAAAAAGAUUAAUUUAAUAUGAUUGCAUAAGAAUCUAGUCAUGUUAAAGGGAAAAUCAAUUUUUUUAUCACUGAUAUUUCUAAAAGUUGUAGAUUUCAUGAUUUAAUGACUUAAGAUAGUUUAAGUUUAGUAUCUCAAUCCUUUGAAAGAAUUAUUCAGCUGAUGAUGAUGGGGGCAUGCAUUUUAUGUUGCAUAACCUGUAAGUACAAUUGGAUCUUUAGUGUUCAGUAGACACCAUUAAAAACAAUAUCUCAACUCAAUGCAAAAAUUCUCAUAAGCAUCAAUUGUACUUGAAGAAAAAUUUCUGAAAAAGUAUAAUUUGUAAUAAUUUUUAAAAAUUAAACUAAGUUUAAUCCAGUACAUAUUCAGUAAUUUAUCCAGUACUUAUUUAGUAAUUUUGAGUGAAAUUUAAAAUAUAUUUCUACUUAAGCGAUUAAGAAGUUGCAUUUAGUUCAUUUAUUCCUACAUGAUGCAAACUGAAUUUCUUAAUAACUGUUGCAAAUGGAUUUUUGUAAUCAAACCACAGUUAAAAGUUAUGGUUCAAACUCUUGAUAACCCUCAUGGCUUCAAAAUUGAGCAUGUAAUUAAGCUGAAAGUAGAGUUGUUUUACUUAUAAUAUUUUAUAUUGUUCCGCAUGUUGUAUUGAUAGUUUUACGUUUUCAAACCGUGAUGAGUGAACAAAUUAUUACUCAUUUGGGCAUUAAUUGCUUUGGCUUAUUUAUUUUUGUGCCUAGCUAAAAUGAAUCAUGUUUUUAUUCUUAUAAUUUUGUAUGGUAUUAAAAUGGCCUUUUUAAUUAAAUACAAAAUGCACAUAUUUUAAAAGUAUUGAGUUGAAGAAUAAUCAAAUAAAAACUCAUUUUAAAUCAAGAUUAUUUACUGUGAACAGAAACAAUUUAAUAAUUUCUAAAUGAUGCAUGAAAUCUACUACAUUUAUUUUAUAGUUACAUAAGUUGAUGGUCACUCAUAAGUAUGCUUGUCCCGCUCCAAUUUAAAUUAACCUUCAUAAUUAACAUGCAGUUUGAUUUUUAGGUUAAUUUUAAUUGUAGCUGUGAAAUGUGUAUUAUUAAAUUUGUAUAUUCUUCACUUAAUGAAGGAAAUAUUAAAACACACAACAGUUAAAAAAAUUACAUUGAUUUAUUUUCUUUCUCUGAAUUUUCGUUUCAUGUUCAUUUCUGCUUGAGGAAUACCAAGAUUUCAUCUUCCAACUUUUUGUAUAAUGAAAGAAUAAUAUCACUUUUAAUUUUAUAAUUAAAGUAUAUUAAUACUGCUAUCAACAUUUAAACUAAAAUUUUAAUUUAGUUGGCAACCAGAUAAUUUUUUCUUCAAUUUUAUAUAUAUAUAUAUGUGUUUGUCUUUGCAUUUUAUUACGGGUUGUUGUGAAAUAUAGUUCUACAAAUCUUACACACAGAAUCGUUUCUUUUUAUGUUCAUUCCACGAAAUAUUCGUGAUCGAAACGUCUAAAUAUUCUACUAAAAUCAUAGAUUUAUUUAUACUGUUAUUUUAUUACAUACUGUAGUAAAAUGCAAUUCUAUAAAAUAUAUUCUCACUUUUUGUUAGUUUUGUAAAGUGUUUGCAAAUUCGAAAAUUUAAGUCUUUUAUGAAAGUGACUAUUUUAUUUGUACUGUAUUUUAUAUAUGCAUUGUAGUAAAAUGUAGCUUCAUAUAGUUUUUUAAUGUUUCACCUGUGAACACGUCACAGAACAUUAAAAUCUCUUCCGAAAGUGACAGAUUUGUUUCAUAGAUUGAAUUCGUUAUCAAUUGCUUCUUGUUGUAACACUUUCACUGAUUUAAAUCUCACUGCAAUUGUUUUAAUAUUGUUUUUCAGCCUCUAAAAGUGGAGAAAUUGAGAUAUUUUUUAAAAAUUUAAAUUUUUAAAGCAUUUUGCCUUCUGUGGAUCUAUUCUCCAUACUUAUAAUAUUUAUGGUUUCAAUUUUAUGUUUCCAUAUUCAUAAUAUUUCUCUGAUUUUUUUUUUAGUAUUUCAGUAACAUAUAUUGUUAUUUUUAAGACUUUGUUAAAUUUAAUAAGAAUUGUAAUCACAUUGAAUUCAAUAUUAAUGUCUAUGUUAAUAUCAAUAUAAUUUUUUUUAUUUGAUUUAUUGUUUGAAAUAUAUUUUGUAGGGAUUUCAAGAAAAUAAUAAUUCUUGUGAUUAGUAUUAAAAAUAAUAAAUCAAAGCAAUAUAAUAAAUCUGAUUUUUACUCAUCCUAUGAUGAAUUUGUUAACAUGAAUGACUAUUGCUUUUGAAAUCCUUAAAAAAUGCUCAAGGAAAAAGGAUUUCUUCUGACUAUUUGUGUUAGUUAAUGAACUGACAGUAAGUUUUUGGAUGAAAACUUAUUUUGUAGUCAUUCAAUAAAACUUUUCGACAUGUGAUAUAGUCUGGCCUUAAUUUCAAGAAGAUGCUCUAUAAUUUUGUAUAUCUACAAACUGCCUGACCGUAAUUUCAAUAAAAUACUCUUGCCUGACCAUAAUUGCAAUAAAAAAAAACUCUUUACGUGUAAUUUUGUAUAUCUACAAACUGCCUGAGCGUAAUUGCAAUAAAAUACUCUCUUGCCUGACUGUAAUUGCAAUAAAAUAUUCUCUUUGUGUAUAAUUUUGUAUAUCUACAAACUGCCUGAGCGUAAUUGCAAUAAAAUACUCUUUUGCCUGACCGUAAUUGCAAUAAAAUAUUCUCUUUAUGUAUAAUUUUGUAUAUCUACAAACUGCCUGAGUGUAAUUGCAAUAAAAUACUCUCUUGCCUGACCUUGAUUUCGAGGAGAUACUCUCUUUAUAUAUAAAUUUAUAUAUCAACAAACUGCCAUCGCAUUUCUACUCAUUAAUCCUGAGUAACGUUAUAAAUUGUUGAAGUUGUUGCGUUAUUUGUUUUUAUCCAUUCUUCUAUUACUGUUGAAUAAUUUUUCUGAGCCAUGCUCUUUAAUUUCAUUUGUAAAGAUAUUUGAUGUGAUAAUUUUAUUAAUAUAAACCUUUCUGGUUAAUUUAAAUAAAGUUGUUGGUAUUAUUAUUUAUAAGAUUUGGUAUCACUAUUUAUUAAACUUGCUCAACUAUUUCUUGUGUUUUGAACCAUUUAAAUCUAUUUUCUUGUUAAAAUAGUAUGUUUCUGUAAGGUGAAAACAUAUACUCUUGACUGUUUUGAAGACUAGUUUAUGUAAAUAUUGUUUAACAUUCAAUGAAUAAUAAAUUACUUUAAAUGUGCAUUAUUGAAUACUUAAAAUGAGUAAAUGUGGAAGUGUGUAUUCUUUCUUGCAAAAUAAGAAAGAAAGGUGUUAUGUUUGAGAUUUUUCUGUGAGGAAAAAAUUGUUGUUGAAGUUUGUUUUAUCCAUGCUUUUGAAAUUGAAUUUUAUUUAAUAAAAUUGAGUCGAAUCUUCAUUCGUGAAUGAAAUAUUAAAUAAUAAUUUAUGUAUAAUAAGUUAUUUGUAAUCAAAAUUAUUCUUUUAAGCAAGUGGAAAUAGUUUUUCUAUUUCUUUACAUAACACAGUAUUUUGUGAGAAUUUAAUGUUCCAAUGAUUAUAAUGUACUUGUGGCAAACCUAACUUUGUAGCAUUGAACAUCUGUGCGAUACAAACUUUUCUUGGAAUGGAUAAAACCCUAACAAAAUGCCAUAAUUAAAUUAUACGAGAUUAAAUAUUAAUCUCAGCUAGAACCGAAAAGGCAUUAUUUAUAUUGGUUUGUAUGUAGUUCUGCAAUUUGCCAUUUUAUGCUUUUUUUGAUGAAAUAUAUUUUAAAUUUUAUUCCCCUUUGGAUUAUAAAUUAAUUACAUAAAAUAUUUAAUUGCUAUUAACAUUAAUUUAAAUCUGUUUUUGAGAUCGAGUUUUAUUUGAAAGAAAAUAGGAAUUUUGAAUGCAAAAACUAGAGAAAAGUAACAAUUUAUUAAAGGGAGAAGUUUUUCCUUAUGCAAGGGUCAGGGUAAUUUUACAUAUUUGCAUAAAAAUGCAACUUAAAAUAAAGUUUGUAUUUUAUCGGACCAAUGUAACCAAACUGGUAUUUCUGUUGAAGUGUUUACUUAUUGCCUUACUGUACUGCAAAUUUGUGAAUUAUGUGCUUUAGAUUAAUGUUAAUGAUUUCGCAUUAUACAGCAUCAACAUUAUUAUUAUAAUUUAUUGACCACCUAAUAAGUAUGAGAUUCAUAAUUGUAUCAACUUUAUUUCCUUACUCCAGAAUGCUGUUUGGUUGGUUUGCUAUAAGUAUAAAUAUAACUGCCAUUUUCCCCGCAGUUGCUUGUUUCUUCAAUAAUUGUAUUUAAAAUUUAAUUAUUAUAUCCCACAUUGUUCAUUCAUUUGUGACUUAUAAUUUUUUUAAAACAGGAAGCAUUUUUUUUUUUUAAUUCAUUUUGUAAUUCCAAGAAAAAAGUGUUGAUAUAAUAACUUUUUCUGAAUAAAUUUCAAAUCAAAGUUUACGAACUACUGUACAACUAUUAUGCAUUGUUAAAGUUAGCAUUUUUAAAUCAUAAUUUUGUAAUGCUAUAAUAUUGCCUUACUGUAAACUUGUGAAUAUACCUAUGUGCUUUAGAUUAAUGUUAAUGAUUUUGAUAUAUAUAGUGUGAAUAUUGUUAUGUUUGAUUGGUUACUUAAUAAGUACGAGUUUGCUAAUUCUAUCCAUUAAAUUUCCAUUCUCAGAAUGAGGUUUGGUUGUGUUUAGCAUUAGUAAAAAAAUAAGUAAAUUAAUAAAUGAUUUUUUUUCCCGAAAGUUACUUAUUUCAGCAUUGAUUUAAUUUAAAUUUAAUUAUCACAUACUUUUCAUUCAGUUGUGGUGACUAUUUUUUUAAGCCGUAAACAUGGUCAUUUCUUUAAUGUGUUUUGUAAUUUAAAAAAAAUGAUGUAAUUGCCUUUUUCUGAAUGAAUGUUAAAUCAAAGUUUAUAAACUAUCUAUGCAAUUAUUAUGGACUGCUAAAGUUCAUAUUUAUAUAUCAUUAUUUUGUAAUGUGUAAUUGAAAUGUAUUGGCUUAUAAACAUCAAACAAUGAAAUGCAAUAAGGAUGAUUCCUGCUGUUUUUAAAGAAGUGAGAGAGAAUUGUGAAUAAAAAAAGUGUGGCAGUUUUUAAUUAUUUGUCAUGAAUGAAUUUCGCAAUACUUAUACAUUACUUAAUGCUUAAAAUAAGGUGUUAAAUAUGUAAAAAGUAUGUAUUUAUUUUUGUAAAAAUAAAAUGGUUGGAAAACUAAUUCAAUAA